AUGAACGCAUACUACUUAGAGAAGCCCCAGCAGCAGCGUCUGUGGCGCGUGCUGGCGACCACCAUGCACGCCACCUCCACCCUCGACCAGCGCCUGUGGGGCUACCGCGCGCCGCACAAGAUGAUCUUCCUCAUCAGCUACGUGUUCCAGUACUUCGGCCCCGUCGCCAUGGUCUCGCAAAUUGCUUAUGCUUAUAUUAAUUUUGACCACAUGGCCUCGAGUCAAAUUGAAGCCAUGUUGAUAAUGAUAGGUUUGAAUAUUCUUGUUGUGACAAAAGUGUUUUCAUCCAAACUAGAAGCAUACACCACGGUUAUGAAAAAUUUCAUGAACGAGAUCCACCUUUUUCAUCACCAAACUGAUGAAUACUCCAAGCAGAAGCUAAUUUCACGCGAGAAGUACACUCGCUGGACCGCCGGCACCCUCGCCGUGUGCAUCAGCGCAGACAUCAUCCUGUACUGCGCCGUGCCCAUCUACCACAACAUACGGAACAAAGAGUUCAUCGCCAACAAAACUGCCAUCUUACAGACCAGCAUUUACUUAGUCAUGCCAUUCGACUACGGAUACAACUAUAAAAACUGGCUCAUUAUGCACUGCAUCAACACCUACAGUACCACUGUCGCCGGCUACUUGUUAAUAGUCUUCGAUGUCGUGAAUUACGCCAUCGUGUUUCAUGUCAUCGGCCAUAUUGAAAUCCUCAAGCAUAAAAUGGCUGUGUUUUCUGAUGCAGUGAAAUCCUUAAACGAGCGCGAAGUCAGAAAUAAACUCAUUGAGAUGAUACAGUAUCAUGCUUUUGUAAUGAAGUCAUUUAAGGAAGUGCAAGAAGCCUACGGAAUAAACGUUUCAGUUAAUUACGGUUUUAAUUUAGUAAUGGACAGUUUCUUUCUGUUUGAGAUUAUGUCUAAAGACAAGGUGACAGCUGUGAUCUACACCCUCAUGUUCUCCGUAUUCAUGGGGGGUCUCGUACUGAUGUCAUUUAUUUUAGAGGAAAUCCGUAAGAAGACCGAUGGCCUAAGCGACAUGGUAUACAGCCUGCCCUGGGAGACGAUGUCGCUGUCCAACCAGAAGAUGAUGAUCCUGAUCCUGGCGCGGGUGCAGCCGCAGGUGUCCUUCGUCGGCGCCGGCGGCAUGCGGACCGGCGUGCAGCCCAUGAUCGGGAUAAUGAAAUCUACAUUUUCAUACUACGUCAUGUUGAAGAAAAAAGUUUGAAAGCCAGGAAAGUAGUUACUAG